UGUAAAGCCAUUAAUGCAUCAGGGCUUCCUCUCAUUACACCGCAUAGUGCGAGUCUCCUUUUAAAUUGUGAUUAAAGUUUUGGGGGGGUGGAAGUAUUCUUGUUUUUCAGUUAAAACAUGUACUGUCCGUCCAGCGUAAGUUCUUGUGUUUUGUUCAUUCGCGGUCCAGUCUUACUUCUAUGGAUUUUUGGGAAAGCAUCAAGCGUCAGCUUUAAGGACAGUAGUGAAGAGGGGGAGGUGCCGCAGAGCCAGCACAAGGAGGUGGCCCAGUGGUGGGGGGAGUGGAGCAGCUGGUCCACCUGCUCGCGGACCUGCGGAGGAGGGGUCCAGUCGCAGGAGCGCCAUUGUCUGCAGCAGAGACUUGUAGCCACAUAUAAUGGCAACACCUCAGUGUGCUCCGGUUCUGCAAAGAAGUAUCGGCUGUGUCAGAAUCAGCUGUGCCCCAACAACGGGGUCAGUUUUAAACAACUGCAGUGUUCCUUGUUCAAUGCCAAAGCCUUCGGCCGAAGAUACUAUACGUGGGUCCCCCUGUAUCCGGAUGAUUACAUCAGCAUCUCAAACAGGCCAUGUGACCUCCAGUGUACCACAACCACAGGGGAGAAGCAGCUGCUGGUCCCGGCCCAAGACGGCACAUACUGUCGGGAUUGGGUCUACCAGGGGGUCUGCAUUGAAGGCCGGUGCCAGGUGGUGGGAUGCGACGGAAAGCUGUACUCCGGUAAGACGGUAGACAAGUGCGGAGUCUGCGGUGGAAGUGGGGCCUCCUGUUAUCGUGUCUCGGGCUCCUACCGAAAAGGAAUCGCACAGUUAGGUUACCUGUUAAUAACGAACAUUCCUGCUGGAGCCACCGACAUCCAAGUCAUUGAACGGCGAAAGACUGAAAACAUUCUUGCUCUGUCGGAUGAAGCGGGACACUUCUUCUUCAAUGGGAAUUCUGUCAUCGACAAUCCCAGGAAUUUCCACGUGGCUGGCACGAUCUUCAAGUACAGGCGCCCCGCUGGCCUCUUUGCUGAUGGCUUUGAGUACAUUAUUGCCCAAGGUCCUACCAAUCAAGGUCUUAACAUCAUGUAUUACAACUUGAAUGGGAAGAUGCCACACAUCACAUACGAGUACACUGUGCCUUGGACACCUUCACCGAGAACAACAGCAACCAUGAUGUUAGCCCCAGAACCUGUGCAGCUCGUGCCCCUUGAGGCUGUUCCAGACCCAGGCCGGGACACUAAUGACACUUUGGUGGAGCUUGCAUACAACAAUGAGAUCGAUGUGAGUGAGCAGUAUAAGUUGCAGAACAGCACAAGUGCCAUUGUCCAGUAUAAGGGUGUAGUUGGCGACCCGGGCACAGAUGUCUUGGAAUGGCGAUUCCAAACCCCACCGAACUUCACCAGUGUUCCCAGUGAUGUUCUCUUUCAGAACAAUGUGGGGAACAGCCAAGAGGGUCAUAAAGGAACAGUCGAUACUGGUUCUGAUUCCAACACGAUCAACAGGAACGGCGCUGAUCUAAAUGGGACGCAUCGGACUUCCAAACUCCUUUUCAGGGGCCAACUUUUCAAGUUGGGGAUCCCGUCCAAGCCGGGGGCUCUUCGACGGAUGUGCAAGAACAGCUCUGCGCUGUGUCCCAACCUUGAAGGCCCACAGAACACUCUGGAAGUGCUUCCGGGAAGCUUGACCCCUGACCCACAUUCGGAUUCGAAGGCUAAAGCGGCCUACAGGCCUGUGAAGCAGCUGAGACCUUUGGCCAAUGACACAUUCCCCCAGCAGGUGGGGGUGCUGAACCACCAGGUGGAGCCAGCUCAGGCACCCGGAACAGAAAGUAAUGAGUUUGAGGUGGGGCCUCCUGAUCGUGACAUCAGCCUGGCUGACAUGUACAGAUGGAAGGUAUCUGCGUACGCCCCCUGCAGUUCAACAUGUACCACAGGAAUAAGCACAUCGUAUGCGCUGUGUGUCCGCUACGAUGGACAGGAAGUCGAUGACAGCUACUGCGAUUCCAUGACGCGACCGGAGCCAACGCAUGAAUUCUGCACCGGCAAGGAAUGCCCACCAAGAUGGGAGACCAGCCAAUGGAGUGAGUGCUCUCGCACCUGCGGCGAGGGCCACCAGUACCGCUUGGUUCGCUGCUGGCGGAUGAUGGCGCCCGGCUUCGACAGUUCUGUCUACGAUGACUUGUGCCGGGCCGCCGAGCUGCCAAAGCCCAUGGGCCGUAAGGUGUGCCGGAACCGGGCCUGCGGACCCCAGUGGGAGGUCUCCGCCUGGUCUGAGUGCUCUGCUCGCUGCGGCAGAAGAGGGGUGCAGAUCCGUGAGGUGCGAUGCUCCAUGGAGGCGCGGCUGUGCAAUGAUUCCGCCCACCCAGAGGCAGAGAGGGAGUGCGAGGGCCCACCGUGUGACCGCAGGUGGACCGUGUCAGACUGGGGGCCAUGCUCGGGGCCCUGCGGAGAGGGCAGGAUGACCCGCUCCGUGGUGUGCAAGAACAGCAGCGGUAACGUCAUCUCAGAUGUGGCGUGCGACUUGGACCUCAAGCCCCUGGUGGUGUACCCAUGUGGGGAACAGAACUGCCCCGCCCACUGGGUGGAACAAGAGUGGGAACAGUGCAAUGCCACCUGUGGGCGGGGUGUAAAAACGCGGCAGGUAGUGUGCUCAGGUUUGGAAAAUGGUGUGUUCAAGGAGUUCCCUAAGCACGCCUGCAGCGCUCAGAACAAACCACUGGUGAGCUCAGCUUGCUUUGAGAGGCCCUGCUCCAAAUGGUUCACCACGACGUGGUCCCAGUGCAGUAAGACGUGCGGCAGCGGGGUGAAGGUGCGUGAGGUGAAGUGUUACCAGGGGGAGGAGCUGGGACACAGCUGUGACAUGGCACUCAAACCCGAGGCCAGGCAGGCGUGCGAGGUGCAGGCCUGCCCAACGGAGGCACCGGUGGAGGAGGAGUGCCAGGACAAGGCGACGGCGAACUGUGCUCUGGUGCUGAAGGUGAAGCUCUGCACGCACUGGUAUUACAGGAAGGCCUGCUGUCUGUCUUGUAAGAGCAAGACCCAGUAGGGAACUGGAGAGUGAGGGCCGUUCAGUGUGUCGGCCCGUCUGCACUGGCGAAGGGACUGCACUGGACCCGGGGGUUAGCCCAGUGUGACAGGCAGCUCCUAUCAACCCAGAAGGGCGGGACAGUGCUGCUGCAGUUACUGUGUAGGAACAUUCCUCUUGGCAGUCAUGUGUGGAGAGUAUAGCUGUCUCAUUUGUAACCAUUUUAUUUACUGUACAGCUUAUUUUGCGUAUUGAUAUUGUUACUUGAAAUUUUCAUGAAAAGCAAUAGUCAUGUCACCUUGUGUUCUGCAAAGCGAAACUUGCACCAUUGGCCAAUACAUAUUUUUUCUUUUUCAUUUUGGUUUUUUAAUGUCAUUGGACAGUUUAUCCGCAGAGGCUUGUUUGUGGUUAGAUAUGUGCUACUUGCAUGCCUAAGCAAUCACCAUGGAUCUCAUCCUCUAAGGAAAAAAUACCACUAAUGUGAUGUCCUACAAAUGUUUAUUGAAAUAUCUGUUUUAUCUCAUUCAAAUAUACAAUUUACAUGGGUCAAGAAAACCAAUAAGUUUGAAAUUCUUGGUUAUUAUCUAGGAGUGACUGACAAACUAGUACUUAUCCCUGCAGCAUUUCUUUCCUUAACUACAGUGUAAAUAUUUCAGUGGCAGUUGGAUACAUUCUUGUUUAUUCAUUUACAUUGCUUUAAAAAUAUUGAGGUUUGUGCCCUGUAAAUGACAAAUUAGCAUAUUUUGACAAAAGUACAUGGAUACCCUUAUGUAUUAGAGGAAUUGGGCAAUUAAGACACAUCCCAUGCUGACACAGGUGUAUCAUUAAGUACACGGUCCCACAAUCUCCUGCAACUAAUAUUAACUGCAGAACGGGUGGUUGUACAAAGGACAUUUUUGAGUGCUUGUGUGGCACCGUAGGCUGUAGGAUACCAUCUCUCCAAGUCAGUUUGCCACUUCUCUGUGAUGAUCAACUGUGAGCGAAGGGAUUGCAAAAGGCAAAAUGUCUGAUACAGGUGUAAAGUGGUUGGCCACAGACGCUCACAGGAAGAAACCUGAACACCCAGCAUCAAAACCCAACCUGAAUGGCAGCAAAUGCCACCAGCAAUUUUCUAACAUCUAAUGGUAAGUUUUCAGUCUCUUGUUUCACCCUAAGAUGCCAAAUUAUGGUUAAGGUUAGUUUAAGUUAAGUUGGGUUAGGGCUAAAAUCCACCUAUGUUACCCCCGUACCAUCCGAUUUGGGAGCGUGGUGGGGCGUGGCCUGGUCCAUACGAAUAAAAACUGUGUUUUUGUGACAGUUCUGCUCCCCUGUAGGAUAGGAAACCAGAGUACCAUACUUUGUAGGACAUUUACUGUCUAAUAACCUGAUGUAUCAGGCUAAGGCCCGAAAUUAGAGUUAGCCAACUGAGGCUAGAGUUAUGGUUAGAAAAAAAUUGUAAUUUUCAGCCAUCAACUUGGGUUUUUAUGACUAGUCUUAUCCCCCAUCGGAUAGGAAACCGCAGAUUAGCAUGCUUUUGGUAGCAUAUUUCCUGCUUUCCAACAGUCUGUUGUUUCACCCUAAGGCCCCAAAUUAGGGUUAGGGUUAGCAAAGUGAGACUAGGGUUAGGGACUAUCUCUCCAGUAUCUGUAAUGCUGGUUUUUCCACAUAAACUGUUUUGAUUCCUGCAGUGAUUUUUGUUUCUUAAUCUUUCGUGGUUUUAUAUACCUCCAGUGACUCUCAAUAGUAGUGCAAAGGUAUUCAAGGGUUUCCUGUUGCAGGCCCGUAAGGUCGGAGGACACACCCCCAUAGGCCAGUUCAUCUCUAUUGACACUUCUCAAGCACAAGGCCUGAACUGUAACAAUGUCAUGUUUUGAAGCAUCUAUUUCAAGGUUAUUAUUAUUGAUAGGCAAUGUAGCAUAGCAAGUGGCUGCGUGACGUAGGUCUGGCAGUGAUGGAGAGGUCCAUGGAUUUCUGGGGAAAAGUGGGAACUGGAGGGGAA